CCCCCCCCCCCCCCUCCCCCUUCACCCGGACACAAUCAAAUCCAAAAUGGUCCGAAAAUUCUCCAAGUUCCCCAAAAAGCCCGCCGACUGGGUCGGUCCCGGCUCGUCUCUCUCCCUGCGGAAGCAGGUAUACCUUCCCGAAUUCACAAUCGCCCUAAUCCGCACUCCGUUCCUCCCUCCCCGCUUCGCCUCCUUCUACGUGCCAUUAAAUUUCAACAAGCUGGAUAUGCGCGACUACCUGCAGCGAUUGUACGGAGUGGGGGUUCUGAGUGUGCGAUCUUUCGUCGAACAGCAGAAGGUUACUCGUCUCAAGCCGCACGGUCGUUACGGAUAUGGGAAAUUGAGACGUCCCAUGUCGAAGAAGAAGAUGACGGUGGAAAUGAAGGACCCGUUUGUUUGGCCUGAGCUGCCGGAGAAUAUGGAGGCAUGGGAGAAGGAUCAGUUCUUCAAGGCGGCCAAGUAUCAGCAGCAGAUUCAGGAUACGCAGAAGCCAGAUGCGGGAAUGAAGCCGGAUGAGACGGCCAGGGAUGCGUUCAAGGAGGAUGCGCAGAAGUUGUUGAGUGGGGAGAAGCCCUGGAGGCCGACUUGGAGGGCUUUGGGGUUGGGGCAUUAUGAGAGGCCGUUGGUGAAGGGGCCAUGAGCGGGGUGUGGAUUGAUGUGUUACUUGAUUUGUCUGUCGGGUUUGGGUUUGGAUGUUCCUUUUUGUUGGUUUAGAUGGUUUGGACUGAGUACCUGUCUUAUGUGUAUUAUACUACCUACCUACCUAUUUUCCUUAUCGUGUCAAUACGAUUCUGUCAUUCUGAGGAUGGGC